UACCCGCCAAAAAAUGAGCGGCUUGGAUCUGAAGCAGAACAAUUGCAAUAUAUCACAACUGUCCCUGACGUUUCCCAAUAUAUCAGCGAACACCCCAACCAGCCUUCUAAACGCUGCGUUUCGUGUCCUCCAGACUCUCCGACGCGAUGUGCGGUGAUUCGAAGCUCUCGCGGCUGUGCCGUUUGGACGACGAUUUUCUCCGUCCGUACACCGAAUCCGGCGUCGUUUUGGUAGCCCAAGAGAGGGAAGUUCUGGUCACUCUCUCUCAGGUUCUUCGACAAGUCAAGCUCUGGACCCAAGCACUUGAUUCCGACUCUGAAAAUGCUCAAACUUUCCUUGAUCAGGGAGUGGCGAUAGGAUUGGAUUGUGAGAGUGAUUGUAUGUGUCUGACUAAAAUCGUAACUCACUUGAUGGUUUUGCUGACGGUGGAGAGUCAAUAUGUCAAGCAUCUGGCGUGCAAUGUUCUUGUUGCUGUGUCGAAAUUCCUUGUUGAUUCGGGGAGCAACUGGGAGGGUUUUAUCCGUUUGUUGUGUGUUUGUAUGAAUUUGGCGAUCACUGUGGCGGUGUCUUGUUCUUCAUCAUGGUCAGUGGAUGGAGCUGAUGAUCUUCAUUCUUGUUCGUCGAGGUUGAUUCUUGCGUUAAAGCCUAAGCUGGAAAAUGCUGACUGGUCUAUUGCGGCUGCUGUUGUUCGGGUUUUACGUGAUAUAAGGAAAUAUUUGAAGUCAGAAGACGAUGAUGAACUUAUUGAAGCGUUCUUUGAUUCUAUCAAUUCCGUUCUUCCAACUGUGCCAUGGAAUUUGCUAGAUGAGAUUCAUGUUGGUGCAAACCCUGAUGCUCAGAAAGGGUCCAGAGCUGAUGCUUUGUUUCAAAGAUCCUUGUUUCUAGGAAAUUUGAUUCAGUUUCUCUGUUCCAUGGUUGAGCAAAGUGGUUCUGCGGAAGCUUCAGGUGGAUCUAUAGACAAACAUCACCCAGUUUUUUCUACACUCAUCACCCUUGUUCCGCAGCUUUUAUGUUGGUGCCUUGGUGAGCAAGCACAUUGCAUUAAUUUCAACAAGUGCAUCUCUCAAUACUUUAGACACAAGUUAUUGGUGCUGAUGAUCAGGCUCAUUUUCCGAACCUACUCUCAGCAGUCAGUUCUUGUUUCAUGGUUGCAACUUGUCCAUGAUUACUUUGGAGAGCUUCUGCGACAACCCAUUACUCCUCUUGAAUAUCAGGAUGAUUGCCUGGAAGGGUCUCCAUUUCUAUCCAGUGUUUCUGAUACAGAAGUAAACAGUCUGUCUUCCCACCAUCUGCAAAGACAGGCUAUUUUCCUCUUUCUGAGGUGUUCUUUUGGUUUGAUUAGCUCGAAAGAAGGAACUAACAACAAAUGUGCUUGUGCGAUUUGGAACUUAUGCUUGACAUGUGACUCAAAAACAGAGCUGGAAUGUUGUGGACGAAAGAAAGGUCUAUUGGAGCUUUAUAGCUGGCUUCAAGGGCAUCUUCCAACUGAUAUGUCAGUGGACCAUGAAAUGUAUUUUGAAAAAUGUGUUGACUUUGCUAAAUCAUUCCUCCAACUAUACAUUAAAGAGGAUGAUGUAUUAUUCAAAGUUCUCCUGCAAUUGCUCUCUGUACCUUUUUGUGCCGAAGAACAGUUGGAAAAGGAAAAGGGAGCAUUUCAGGAUUCAGAGGGCAAUACGUUUUUUCGUGUCUCGGAUAUUUUCAAUCCUGUGCUCUUAUUCCAUCUAUUUCUGUUAGAGUUGAGCUAUGACCAUCAGGUGCUCCUUGAUUACCUUAUUUCGAAAGAUACCGGAAUCAGCUGCGCAGAAUAUCUUUUAAGGUGCUUGCGUAAAGUGUUUGAUUCAUGGAGCUUAUUUGUGGAGUUCUCAAUGUGUCGACAAGCUACAAAUCAAUCAUCUAAGAGAAGAAAAGUUGCAUCGGAAGUGUGGAGUUGCAAGGGCACUCAAAAUGGAGGAAAGUAUUUUAAAGAAGCCAAAGGGUGCUUACUUACGUUGAAAAAUUCAAUUGAAAGUCUACACCGAAAGAAUCUGUUUCCUUACAAUCCUAAUGUUCUUCUGAACCGCUUAACGCGAUUUCAGGAACUCUGUUUUGAGGAAAAGAAGUAAAACUUCUAAAGGACUGAGUGGUUCGAGCUCUUCACGAUUCUUUCCAGCAUAUAUAAAGAUGCUUUUUCGAAGAAGUGAACGAGUAGAAGAAAAAACCUUGUAUUUGAGGUAAUUUGGAUUUGUUGUACAUAAAUACUCAUUUCUCAAAUUUUCCGCCAACAAGGAGAGAAGCAAAGAGGUUUAAUUUGUAGAAACAAUUAUACACGAAAUCUGAGUGAUUUGUGCGCACUAUGUGUUAAGGGUGGGUUCAAAAAACUGAAAACCCAAAAAUUGGGGACCGAACACCGAAUCGAAUCAAACCGAACCGAAUCGAAUCCCUUUACACUUUA